UUUCUCAAGGUAUACAGGUCUUUAAGAUGCAGUCAUAUGUUAGAAUCCCGGACGCCUUAUCCUAACCUAUUUCGGGUGGCAAAUCUCACCCACAUACUCUUCUUGGGUGCUCAUUGGUUUGCAGCAUUUUUUUACCUCAUUUCGGAAGCGGAAAAUUUCGUCGGAGACUGGACCUACCCUCAACCUGUUGGGGAGUACUCCUCGGUGACUCGGAAGUACCUAUAUUCACUGUUUUGGUCAACCCUGACGUUGACCACCAUAGGAGAUCUUCCUCCACCAACCACAAACUGGGAAUAUGUGUUCGUUAUUGUCAGUUACCUGAUAGGUGUUUUUAUAUUUGCCACUAUCGUAGGUCAAGUUGGCAACGUUAUAACCAACAGGAACGCAAGUAGACAAGAAUUUGAAAAACUUCUCGAUGGUGCCAAAUUUUACAUGCAAAGCCACAACGUGCCCAAAGAACUGCAGAAGCGUGUCCAGAGAUGGUACGACUAUGUCUGGUCUAGAGGAAGAAUGAAUGGUAGUCUUGACAUCAGUUCUUUGGGCAUGUUGCCGGAUAAAUUAAAGACGGAAUUGGCACUAAAUGUUAAUCUGGACACUUUGAAGAAGGUAACUAUAUUCCAAGAAUGCCAACCUGAAUUCUUGCAUGAUUUAGUCCUCAAAAUGAAAGCUCAUAUAUUCACGCCGGGCGACCUCAUUUGUCGAAGAGGCGAGGUUGCACGUGAAAUGUUCAUUAUUGCCGAUGGUGUGGUCGAAAUUAUCAGUGACAGAGGGACUGUGCUUACCAGUAUGAGUUCUGGUGACUUCUUCGGGGAAAUUGGAAUUCUAAAUCUCCACGGAGGAAUCAACAGACGCACUGCAGAUGUAAGGUCUUUAGGAUAUUCCGAACUGUUCGUCUUGUCACGUGAGGAUGUUCUGGCAGCACUAAAGGACCAACCCGAUGCCGAGUUGAUUAUCAGGGAAUAUGGACAAAAAAGAUUAAAAGAAAUCGAAGCUCACAACAAAAAAAUGUCUGAUCCGGAAUCGAUGCCCGGUACAAAAGCUAAAAGCCCUUCACCGAAUAGUUUGCAGGUGGAACCAUCUAAAACAGGCCGGAGUUCAAAAAUGUCCAGUUCGGAACGUAACAUUUUGAAAAACCGUACCAAUUCAAAGUCUAAAAGAGGAUCUUUGUCGAGAAGAAUGAGAAACUUCCAGUUCGGAAGGAGAAAAGCGCCAUGUUCUUCACCGGAAACUGGCACUUCCGCUGCUGAAAAUAGUGGAAAUGGUGAUGAUGAUGAUGAUGUGGGUGGCAGUGGGGUAGAUAGAAAUAAGAGGAGCGGUGGAGGCGGAGAAAUCAGAGGACAUUCAUCUGCAACAGGGGCGCCCUCUGUCGACGCUCGGUUGCAGAAAAUGCUGCACGGAACAUGGUCGAAAAUUUUCUCCCAUAAGGUGAGCCGCAGCGGAUCUUGUAAUGUUACAUUGAGGCCAGUGGAAAGGACGAAGACCUCUGAUUUGUCAUCAAGUUGUUCGUCCUCCCCGGAAACGAGCAAAAGAAAACAAGCUGUGAGGCAUUUACAGUCAACCAAAGAUGAAGGCCGAGGUGGAGAGAAAUACAACAAUAGUGGUCCCUCCCUUAACAAAAAGCAACCGAGCGGCUUAGGUUUUAAAACUGGUCCCUGUAGUUUAGCUUCGGAGGGAGACAACCGCAAGAUGUCGCUGAGCACGCGUUUAUCCAGUAUUAUACAUCCACGGAAAUUUUCGCAGGCCACGAAAUAUUCCGCAGUGAAACCGGACACAAGUGAUUCGGACUCACCGUUUUUAGAGACGACGACCAGGCAGGGGUCACAGGGGUCACAGGGGGAACGAAACGACGGCCAAGAGAGUCGCAGCACCACAAUGGAACACAACCGCCUGGUGUCAAGCUGCAGCACCAGUUCAACUCCAUCUACUGCUAAAACUGCUACUAGUACAACAACAACUACUACUGCUACUACUACUGUUCAAAAGAUUAGUAGUAGAAGUAGUAGUAGUAGCAGUGAUAGUGGUAUUGCCGAUCACUGCAGUGGACGGUCGGCCGGGGGCGGGGGUGGCGGUGGGUUUAGCCGCCUUCUUAGCGUGGCUGGCUUUGGCAGAUCAGCCACGACACCGAAGUUGUCUUCGAAAACUGUGCCCCAGAUAUCUUUGACCUCACCGCCGACAACUCCGCCGUCGCCCUCGGCUGAAUUAUUUCAACAACAACAACAGCAACAGCAACAACAACACCAAUCAAGUACAGCAAUUCUUAUUGAAGAAUCCGACCAUCUGAUCGAUAUCGAUGAAUCUCGAAACCUUCCCCUUGAACUGGCUCAACAGCAGCAACAACAGCAUUACCAAUCUCACAGAAGUUUAUACAACACCCCGACAAACAUUUCGGAUUAUGUUCAAAAUCCGGGUGCUGGGUUUGAACCGUCUUCGCCUUGUUUUGUUUCCGGGACGUCCUUUUCUCAAAGUGAACAUUCUGGAAUAUUGCAGCCCUACACAGACUUAAAUGACCCCUCGACCCUGGUGAUGAGAUCGUCUCCCUACACUGGGUCUUUCUUAUCAUCCAACAAUGCCUCUUCUGCCUUCUCUCCGAUCUCAACGUCUUCAUCGUUCUCUGGAAAGAAAUUUAGUUCGCUAAUCGGCCGCAAUAGGGCAGCACCGGAGACCCUUCGGUCUAGUUCCUUAGAAGAGUACCGGACCUCCUCUUACGAUGAUUUCAUAACUCCGACGACAACCACUGGCAACAGGGCCGCAUUCGGAGUUGGUGGAGGUGGGACAGGGCGGGGUGGCCUGGGAGUGUCGUUAAUGUCGUCAUCAUCAUUAUCAUCAUCACCAUCGUCUGCAACAAUAACAGGAACGGCAACAUUAUCAUCAUCAGCAACAACAACAGCAAUAACAUCACCGACGGCUGUCAUUUCAGCCACCACAUGCGCAAAAUCACCGCAACUUCAAUCACAACCGACACAAACAGUAACAACAACCACAACAACAAAAACCAUUCUAAGCCCUUUGACAUUCUCAUCGACAUCAACGCCGAUUCUAUCAUCGCCGCCAUUAUCAACUACAUCACUUCCGAAACCGCCAUCUUACUAUUCAGCCAUCACACCUCCAUUGAACGCCGUCUCUGCCACCUCCAGUCCAGACUCGCCCUUUCCAUCUCCUUCAAGAGCCAACCCGGCCAAUAGAAAUGUUCCGUUCACACCGACAGGCUCCAACCGAUACUAUACAACCGCUGGCGCCGCCUAUCUCAACUCCAGUGACAGACCCUACUUAAAGAAGUGGCUUUCCUGCACCUCGGCACCGACCACCUCACCCCUUGCCUUGCCGCCACUCAGUGCUAGUAUGUCAUUCGGAUCUCGUAUGAGCAGCGGCGGCGAUGGCGGUGGCGCAGGGAGGCCUGCUGGAGAAAAUGGUGCUGCCUUGAAGAACGUCUCUCAAUAUACAGCAGAUGGUAAAGUUUCAUCGGCCAAAGGCAAUAUUGAAUUUGAGAAGGAAAAGUUUACCGAAUGCAAGAAGCUGACUGGUCAAGUGUUAUUAGAAGUCCAGAAAAUACUCGAAGACAAGUUGUCCGAAUUGCAGCAUGUCUACCAAGAAAAUGUUGACUAUUAUGUCGAACUGUCGAGAAUGCAAGAAAGUAGGAUUCAAGAACUGGAGAAAGAAAUCCGUAACUAUAAGAGAGAGAGAUCAUUAUGGCUACGAGACACCAAGAAAGAAGAUGUGCUGGAACCGUUGCUAGAAGAAGAAGAAGAAGAAUGUUAAUCUGUGGCGACAUUCCAAUAUUAGACUCUGUAAGUGUUUUCCUCUUCU